CCACAAGCGUAGUCAGUGGAUACCGCGCACUUUGCAACAACGCACGUGCCAUCAUAUUACCUCUAAAGAGGUUGCGAAUCGAAUUCGAAGUUCAAACGAAGUCGAAAUCGAGUCGUGCAUUUGAAUUCCGCGCGUGAUUUUUGGCGGGAUUUAGUUGUGUUUAUACUCUGUGAUUUUGUGCAGUCUGUGAAAAAUACACAAUGUUUCAUGGAGGCAUUUUGUCAAAGUUGCGUGGUUUCUACAAGUGGUAUGUGCUGGGUUUGGUGUCUGUGGGAUACAUCCUUGGAGAGCUGGGACAUUACCUAAUAGGAACAACAUCGAAAGUGACAGCUGACGAUCUACACUAUGGUGAUAAGUCGUGUAUGCUGAACGCAACCCAUCUGCAUCUCAGCCAGCUCCCAGUUAUAUGUGAAAAGGUCAACUCCAGCGAAAUAUGCGAAUCUCUUUCCCUAAACGGCACUUAUUACUGCGAGUGGGGCUACAAUGGCCUUGGGAUAGACUACCAGGUUUUAGCUGGCCCUGCCUUCAUGGCUGUCUUCACGGUUGUGGGUGUCAUAUUGGGCGUGGUCGCUGACAAGUACAACCGAGCAAGAAUUUUAUCAGUGUGUACUGUGGUCUUCGUGGUCGCUAUUCUGAUGAUGGGCAGUGUAAAUGAAUACUGGCAUCUAGUGAUACUUCGGAUGAUAAUGGCGGCUGGUGAAUCAGGCUGCAACCCUCUAGCGACUGGUAUUUUGACGGAUCUCUUCCCCGAACACCAGAGGGCUCUGGUACUGUCUAUAUUCAACUGGGGUAUCUAUGGAGGAUAUGGUAUCGCAUUUCCGGUUGGCAGAUACGUUCCAAUUUUGAAUGCUUGGGGACUGAGCUGGCGACUAUGCUACUACAGUGCUGGUAUUGUGGGUCUGGUAAUUGCUGCUCUUACAUUACUCACUCUUCGCGAACCGGAAAGGACUACUAUCGGAGAAGAAGGUACAGGAAAACCUACAGACGGUGUAGAGUCUGGCAAGAAGAUGCCCCAAGUUACCAUCUGGCACGUGAUUGCUCAACCUAGAAUUAUCCUGCUCUGUCUGGCUGCAUCUAUCAGGCAUUGCGGUGGUAUGACCUUCGCAUACAAUGCAGACCUGUACUACCGAGACUACUUCCCUGACGUAGACUUGGGUUGGUGGCUGUUCGCUGUCACUGUAGGCAUUGGAUCCGUAGGAGUCGUUGUUGGGGGAGUUAUUUCUGAUAAGUUUGUAUCUCGUAUGGGUGUUCGUUCGCGAGUGUUAGUAUUGGCUGUCUCACAAUUAAUUGCUACGUUACCAGCCUUUGGAUCUGUUAUCUUUGGUCCUCUGUGGGCUAUGAUCACGCUGGCCUUCUCCUAUUUCUUCGCUGAAAUGUGGUUCGGAAUUGUAUUCGCGAUCUUAGUUGAGAUCGUACCACUCUCUGUUCGAUCUACAACAGUUGGAGUAUUUCUCUUUGUAAUGAACAAUGUUGGUGGUAACUUGCCCAUCCUGGUCGACCCUGUAUCUAAGGCAAUAGGCUACAGAGAGGCUGUCAUGAUCUUCUACGCUGGAUUCUAUGGCAUUAGUAGCAUAUUAUUCUUCCUCACAAUGUUCUUUAUGGAUGGAGCGGUGGAGAAACCAGAAGAGAAAACGAACGGUCUAGAUAAUUCCGCAUACAUUCAAGACGAAACUCGACACAGGCCCAUACAAGAUGCUAGGUUAUAAACGAUGAGUUCAACAAAGCGCCAUCAGAUGGCGUUUGCCUAUUUAUUUGUACUUGUGUCUGUGGCCCUACUAUCUAUGGAAUGAAGUUCCAUUUUGGCGCCAAUUCGUGUCGUUCGAAUUUGAUAUUUUGUUUAAACGUGCUAGUUAACCUCUGUCUUAACAAUAAUAAAAUUAGUAAUACAUUUUUUUCUAAUGUAAAAUUGAGCAAUUAAAUUAUUAGACAGGGUAGUAUGGCUAAUAUAACGGAUUACCUUCUAGAACUCGUAAUGAACAAUGAAGUGAUAUUGCACCGUUCCUUUAUUUAGUUUUAAGAUGUAGAUAAGUAAUGAUUUGUAUCUAUUUAUGUUGUUAUAUUUAUUGUAUUGAGUUGUAGCUCUCAAUAUUUACUCUGGCGACUACAAAACACACACAAUUUAACCAGAAAAUAUGAGAAGGUAAAACUGUACCUAAUGAUUAUGAAAGUUGAUAUUUACAAUAUAAAAUUAUUUCAUUCUAAAUAGGUAUAAAAAUCAAUCAAAAUCAAAUCUAUCAUUUCUAAUAGAAUUGAGCAAAAAUACUUAAAUUACAGAUAUUUAAUGAACCAAUUUGAUACAUUAAAAUACAUAUUGUACAAUGUUUGAAAUAUGACUUAAUGCCAGUUGCGUCUACCUACAAAUUCGUCCUCAUUCUAUAAUAUGGAAAAGCAAAUUUUAUAUACACCACAUAAAAAUUGAUAAAACUAUUGAGAAUUAAUCUCUAAAAUGUUUUUUUUUUAUUUUGAUCACAAUUUGUAUUCUGUUAUCUGGCAGCCUUGUUAGCCUGUCCUUCAACCAAUUUAAAAAAAAUUUAAAGUGUAACUUGAUCCGCCUUAUGGAAAUCUACUUGUUUUAUGACAAAUGUUAUAUUUGUGAUAUUGUAAAUAUUUAUUUGUUAAGAUUUUUGUAAAUAAAUUAAUUUGA